CCUCAUCCAUCACCUCAUAUUCACUACUACUACUUCACUAUGAUGAGAGCAAGGAUUCCACUGCUGCUGUUGCUGGGAAUUCUUUUCCUGGCAUCACUUUCUGUCUCCUUCGGCAUCGUACACCGGGAGAACAUUGAUGGCGCAGAAGUGUCCGUUUCAAGAGGAAAAAAUAACCCUUUCUACUUCAACUCUGACAGGUGGUUCNACANUCUAUUCAGAAACCAAUUCGGUCACCUUCGGGUCCUCCAGAGGUUCGACCAACGCUCCAAACAAAUGCAGAAUCUUGAAAACUACCGUGUUGUAGAGUUCAUGUCCAAACCCAACACCCUCCUUCUUCCUCACCAUGCUGAUGCCGAUUUCCUCCUAGUUGUCCUUAAUGGGAGAGCGGUACUCACCUUGGUNAACCCUGACGGCAGAGACUCCAACAUUCUUGAGCAAGGCCAUGCUCAGAAAAUCCCUGCAGGAACCACUUUCUUUUUGGUUAACCCUGACGACAACGAGAAUCUCAGAAUAAUCAAACUCGCCGUACCCGUUAACAACCCUCACAGAUUUCAAGACUUUUUCCUAUCUAGCACAGAAGCACAACAAUCCUACUUGCAAGGAUUCAGCAAGAAUAUUCUAGAGGCCUCCUUCGAUAGCGACAUCAAGGAGAUAAACAGGGUUCUGUUUGGAGAGGAGAUCAGUUCCGUGGAUAUGAAAGAGGGAAGCCUUCUUCUGCCACACUACAAUUCUAAGGCCAUAGUCAUACUGGUGAUUAAUGAGGGAGAAGCAAACAUUGAACUGGUUGGUCUAAGAGAAGAACAACAGCAGCAGCAGCAGCAAGAUGAAAGGUUGGAAGUGCAGAGGUACAGAGCCGAGGUGUCUGAAGACGAUGUUUUUGUAAUCCCAGCAGCUUAUCCAGUUGCCAUCAACGCAACCUCCAAUCUAAAUUUCUUUGCUUUCGGUAUCAAUGCUGAGAACAACCAGAGGAACUUCCUUGCAGGUGAGAAAGACAAUGUGAUUAGUGAGAUACCUACAGAGGUGUUGGAUCUUGCUUUCCCUGCGCCUGGUGAGAAGGUUGAGAAGUUGAUAGAGAAGCAGAGUACGUCCCACUUUGUUGAUGCACAGCCUGAGGAACAACAAAAGGAGGAGGAUCGCAAUGGAAAAAAGGGUCCAUUAUCUUCAAUUUUGGACACUCUGUACUGAAUAAGUUUCUAGUAAGAUACAGGUGAGAGAGCUUACAGUGAGUGUGGAAUUAACGUGUCGGAUCAUGUAAUAAAUAAGUAGAGCUCCACAUGGCUUUUCCUAUCAUGAAUAAUGAAUAAAUUUAGCCGCCUUUAUAUUAUGCUUGUA